AUGGCCAAGGUGGAGAAGAUAUAUGUAACAGUUCUUCCGAUGACCACCGACGAGUAUGCAGUGGGCCACUUCUAUACAGUCACAGCAAUGACCGAAUCAGAAAAUGCCGGGGGCUUGAAGGUAGAGAUCCUGAAAGCAGAAAGUGUUGUGCACGAGACACUUGGAAAGGUCAGCAAAACACAUAAAGUCAUGUACUUAAAAUCCCGGUUCCCGCGUAUGCUUCACAGCCUUAUUCCAGAGGAUGCAUGCAUAGUCGAGGAAAUCUCAUACAAUGCCUACACUAAAUGCCAUACAUUCUACAGAAAUAGAUACUUCUCCAAUGACACAUUCAACAUGGUUUUCAACACAGUUAACAAGGAUGGAGCAGAGAUUCUUGAGAAUCCGUUUGAGUACGAUCCUGCACGCAUCAGUGGGGUCGAAAGCAUCAGAUUGGAUCUAAACUCCCCUCCAAUCAAUCCCAUCUUUGAUCCUUCUGUUUAUUACCAUGAGGAGAGUGGCCGUGGAAGGCUGGAUGAAAAUUGGAUAGAAACAUACAAGAAUAGAGGAAUGCCGAUGAUGGUGUCCUAUAAGCAUUUAACAGUGGAGAUCAACAAUUACAUGAUGGGGUGGGUUUCUGCAGAGAUAGAAAAGGCCAUGAGAAGCGUUAUAACAUCUGUCCAGCAAAGGGUAUUCUGUACAAUGGACAAGUGGUAUGGGAAAAGCAUUGAUAGCAUCCGGGAAGAAAGUCAAAAGGAUAAAAGUUUUAUUAAAUAA